AUGUCGAGCUCAAAGUUCACCAUGGAGUAUUCUCGGGUGGGCCGCGCCGGACUAAAGGUGUCCAAGAUCAUUCUGGGAGGCAUGUCCUUUGGAAGCAGUGAAUGGCAGGACUGGGUCCUUGACGAGAAGUCCUCUCUUCCCAUCAUCGAACAUGCCUACAAAGCGGGCAUAAACACAUGGGACACUGCAGAUAUCUAUUCCCAUGGAGAAAGCGAAAGGAUCCUGGGACAGGCAAUCAAAAAGCUCAAAAUUCCUCGCGAGAAUAUAGUGAUUAUGACAAAGGCGUAUUUUGCCCUGAGUCAAGACGGUCACCAGAUCCCUUUGACCGAGUGCAUGGUGAACGACGGGCAUCUAACAAAUCGAGUUGGAUUGAGUCGCAAGAAAUUGUUCGACGCCGUGGAUGCUUGUGUAGAACGGCUCGGCACCUACAUCGAUAUCUUCCAAAUUCACAGGCUUGACAGAGAUGUGCCCAAGGAGGAACUAAUGCGGACGCUCAAUGAUCUGGUGAACUCUGGAAAAGUGCGCUAUAUCGGUGCCAGCUCGAUGUCAGCGUGGGAAUUUCAGCAACUACAGGCAAUCGCCGACAAGAAUGGCUGGCACAAAUUCAUCAGCAUGCAGAACUAUUUGAACCUGCUUUAUCGAGAAGAGGAGCGAGAAAUGCUGCCAUACUGUGAAGAUACCGGCGUUGGAAUCCUGCCCUGGUCACCCCUGGCAGGAGGGAUGCUCGCACGCCCAUGGGGUUCAACCACCAAACGAGAUGAGACCGAUCAGCAUAAACUCCCCCAUGGGAUGGUGGAAGUACAGAAAAUCAUUGUCGAACGUGUUGAGGAGCUUGCACGGAAGAAGCGCGUACCCAUGAGUGCUAUAUCCACCGCCUGGGUUCUGCGGAAGGGUGCCUGUCCCAUCUUAGGGUUGACUUCAAAGGAAAGAAUCGAUGAUGCGGUUUUGGCUUUGCAGGUCAAUUUGACGGAUGAAGAGCUCGAGGUUAUUGUCAAAGGGGCCGGCGCGAACCAAAAUGAGGGCCGAUUGUACAUCAUCAUUGAUGUGACGGUUGGUCUCGGGAGAAAAGCCAGGUGUAAAAACACACACUGGCCGGUUUAUUAUGCCCUGGAUGGACAUCUCCUGGCUCCUGCGAAGACGUCUACCUUGGGAGUCUGCAGAUAUCAUCUCGUGUUGGAGGGUCAACAGCUCCGCUGUCGUGCUCAAAUGGCAACCUGGACGUCGCGCCUCGCUAUACUUGACGGCUUUCACUCAUCCGACCACCUGUCGGGAAGUGAUAUAGAUCUUGUCAGCUUACUCUGCUCAACAAAGCUUUGUACGAUGAUACCAAAAAUGUCAUCGAUGGAUCACUUUGUCGGGUUGAAUCCUUUGCUCCCCUUGCUGUUUGUGGUCGUUCUCCUGUAUUUUACCCGAAAAUAUCUACACAAGACCCGGAAAACUGAGGAAGAGGACGACCUAAAACGAGUUGAUGGAUUCAAGAGCGGCGGAAACUCUAGGAAUAUCGUUGAGCAUAUGAAAUCCACAGGGACAAACUUGGUCGUCUUCUUCGGAUCUCAGACUGGAACAGCUCAAGACUACGCCGGGAAGCUAGCGAAAGAAGGUCAUUCUCGGUUUGGAUUAAAAACUCUGGUCGCCGAUACUGAGGACUAUGACUACGAAAACCUAGUGGAUUUCCCUUCGGACAGCGCCGCCAUCUUUGUGUUGGCAACCUAUGGCGAGGGAGAACCGACCGACAACGCUGUCGACUUUUGGCAAUUCAUUACCGACCAAAAUCCUCCAUUUGCUUCAGACAAAGAAACCCCUUUGAGUAGUUUGAGGUACGCCAUGUUCGGGCUUGGAAACUCUACGUAUGAGCAUUUCAACGCCGUCGUUAGGAAGGUGGACAGUUGCCUAGAAGCUCAUGGUGCCUCACGGCUGUGUGAGACCGGCGAAGGAGAUGAUGGCGGCAACAAAACUACAGAAGAGGAUUUCUUGACCUGGAAAGAGACCAUGUGGAAGCGUCUAGCUUCCGAGAUGCAUCUGGAAGAGUGCGAGCAAGUCUACGAGCCCAGUUUCGACGUCCAAGAAAAGGAAACACAGUCAGACUCACCUCUCGUCUACCUUGGAGAACCGAACUCGAUGCAUCUAUCUGGCGAGCAGCGUGGUCCGUUUGGGGCCCACAACCCAUACCUCGCGCCGAUUGUCGAGUCCUUUGAACUCUUUACCGUGCCAGGACGAAAUUGUCUCCACAUCGAAUUCGACAUUGGUGAUUCCACCCUAGCUUACCAGACCGGGGAUCAUUUGGGAGUUUGGCCCAUGAAUGCCGAUGUCGAAGUGGAGCGCUUCCUGAGAGUGUUUGGUCUCUGGGACAAUCGAAACACAGUUGUUGAAAUCAAAGCUGACAGUCAAGGAAAGGUGCCUUUUCCGACCCCAACCACCUACGAAGCAGCAGUUCGAUAUUACCUCGAAAUCUGUGUGCCUGUCUCCCGGCAGUUUGUUGGUAUGCUGGCGCAGUUCAGCCCUUCUGAGGAUGUCCGAAAGCAGCUGGCCAAGCUGGGUAGUGACAAGGAGUAUUUCCACCAAGUAGUCGCCGCAAAGUGUCUGAAUCUGGCCCAGCUUCUGGAGGCCACAAGUCCUACCCUCCCUUUUUCAGACGUGCCUUUCUCGGCUAUAAUCGAGAAUGUACGCCGACUGCAGCCUCGGUACUACUCCAUCUCAUCGUCAUCUCUGGUCCAGAGCCACAAAAUAUCCAUCACUGCAGUCGUGGAAUCUCGGCAGGUGGCUUCAGAGACAAAGUACCUGAAAGGUGUUGCAACAAAUUAUUUACUUGCUCUCAAACAAAAGAGAUCGGGCGAAGUCAAUCCAGAUCCGUACGGAAGGACUUACCAUCUGGAAGGUCCUCGAGGCAAGUAUACGCUUAAGGUACCGGUAUAUGUGCGGCCAUCCACCUUCAAGCUUCCCUCUGACGCCUCAUUACCGGUCAUCAUGGUCGGCCCUGGGACGGGUGUAGCUCCUUUCCGGGCAUUUGUCCAGGAGCGAGCGUUUUUGGCAAAGUCAGGCCAAGAAGUCGGCCAUACAGUUCUCUUCUUCGGUUGCAGGCGGCGAUCAGAAGAUUUUCUCUAUGAAAAAGAAUGGCAGGACUACAAAGAUGCGCUUGGGGAGAAAUUUCAGCUUUUCACUGCAUUCUCCCGAGAGACCAGUCAAAAGGUCUACGUUCAACAUCUCUUGGCCGAGCAGUCGGACCUCAUUUACAGCCUCUUACAACAUAAGGCUUAUUUCUAUGUCUGCGGAGAUGCGGCACACAUGGCCAAAGAUGUCAAUGAGGUGCUUGCCCAUCUGGUAGCUCAAGGCGAAAAGAUUUCAUUAACUGAGGCUGAGAACUAUAUCAAAAGAAUGAGGAAUUCGGCUCAAUACUUAGAGGAAUAUCAGGAUAUUGCUAAGACGCUUGGAUUCCUCAAUAUGCCCAAAAGUACGGACCAUAAAGCGGAAUUCGCAAAGGAAGAGGAGGAGAUCCUCGAGCAGCUGUACAAAGGGUGGUUGCGCUACUGGAACAAGGAGUCGAUGCACGACCCCGGGGCGAACCAAUCACGCAGAUUCUACGAUUUUAAAGAGAUGCUCAGCUACGAUAUGUUCGGGACCACCAUCCGAGGCAAGUUCAACGAGCACUUUGAGAAUGUGUUCCCGUACUACGUCGACGGCCAGAUGGAAUACAAGGACCUGGAGAUCGUCGUGCUCUCUCCGACCCACGCCUUCACCACGUGCUAUCAGCACACCUGGGGAAAGGCGGGCGGAGAUCCCUUCAACAUCACAUUCCGAAGGACGGGGAUUGCGAGGAAGCAAGAUGGCCAGUGGAAAUGGAUCCACGAGCAUCUUUCGUUCCCCGUCAACAUGGCGACCAGGCAGGCCGACUACAAUUGUGAAAGCAAUGCUCUUGAGUCGUUCAAGUUUCAGGAAUGA